UCAUCGCAGCACCCAUCGCAACGGAUGUGUGUUAGGGCACUGAAGGCUCCCUGAAACCGCUGCUGAAGAAACCACCCACUGGAGCACAGUCCUGAAGCCAGGCGACAUUCGGUGCAGACAGAAUCAAACAUGCGACCAUCCGUCUCCGCCAUUCCACCAUCUACCUGAUGCCGGGCGAGAGUUUGGCUCUCUUGAGGCCUUCAUUCAGGCCCACGGCCAAGCCGACGGACACCGCGGUGGCUAAUCUGACAGACGCACACGGGAGAGGCGAACUCAUAGCUUCUGGUCGGUGUUCCCUCCCUCUGCUGUGUGAGUGCCUGCCUACCCGUAAGCUAUAAGAUUGUUUGCAGUCCCCUCGUCGCUUUCCUCAUCGGAUGGAUCCUUGGACUUGUUCGAGUUGGCCCAGUUGAACAGAGCAUUGUAUGUUUGGUUGACCUACAGUGUGGGGACAGGACAGCCACCGACUGACUGGCUGUCCACCCGCCGUACGUACCUAUUGCCAGAGAGCAGCAU